UUUCACCCACCAUGGCUUCCGUCCCGAGUGUGCAAUGCUUCGGCAAGAAGAAGACGGCUACCGCUGUCGCCCACUGCAAGCAAGGCAAGGGUCUUGUCAAGGUCAACGGCCAGCCCCUCUCUCUGGUCCAGCCUGAGAUCCUCCGCUUCAAGGUCUACGAGCCUCUCCUGAUCGUCGGUGCCGACAAGUUUGCCGGUGUCGACAUCCGUGUCCGUGUCACCGGUGGUGGUCACACCUCGCAGGUCUACGCCAUCCGUCAGGCCAUCGCCAAGUCGAUUGUCGCCUACUACCAGAAGUACGUUGACGAGCACUCCAAGAACCAGCUCAAGCAGGCUCUUGCCCAGUACGACCGCACAUUGCUCGUCGCCGACAACCGCCGCACGGAGCCCAAGAAGUUCGGUGGACGUGGUGCCCGCGCAAGGUACCAGAAGUCGUACCGUUAA